AGAGCCGUCGAGUUGCACGUGAAUGCAUCUGUUGUUAAAGAAGGCCGGAAGGAGUUUUCGGCCUCACAGGAAGAAGACUCGAAAGUUGUGUCUGUCGUUUCAUCUGUUGAGUGUUCAGACAGCCACAUUAUUUAGCUUCAGUCCUGGAAGACACCUACUAAACCACCGUUUUGCAGCCGAGGCUGUGUUAUCGCAGCCAUGACACUUUGAUUGAAGAAUUAGCGGGAACACGCUGGUAGGAGUUAUUUAUGUGCUGCAGGUAACAGAAGAGCGCCGAGAUGGCCAUCGCCCACGUGGCUACAGAGUACGUGUUCAGCGAUUUUCUGCUGAAGGAUCCGAACCAGGCUCGAUACCGCAGCGUCCGAACCGAGCUCGCCGUGGACAAGAUGGUGACCUGUGUGGCUGUGGGCCUGCCCCUCCUCCUCAUCUCUCUGGCCUUCGCUCAGGAAGUUUCAGUUGGUACUCAGAUCAGCUGUUUUGCUCCCAGUAACUUCUCCUGGCGGCAGGCUGCUUAUGUGGACUCAUACUGCUGGGCUGCUGUACACACACACACUCUACCUCUGUGGCUGCACAAGUUCUUUCCCUACAUUCUGUUGUUGGUGGCGGUGCUGAUGUACACCCCGGCAUUGUUCUGGAGAUUUUCGGCGGCACCGCUCCUGCAGUCGGACCUCGGCUUCAUCAUGGAAGAGUUGGACCGGUGUUACAACCGUGCUGUCACUCUUGCCAAACGCUUGUCCACUUCAGGACUGCUCACCCCAGAAAGUGACCCUACUGAAGGCUGUUUCAAUUACCCGCUGGUGGAGAAGUUUCUGACGACCAAGCGUUUUUCGCGGGUGCUGCUGUUUUACUACCUGCUGUGUCGCGGCCUGACUCUCAUCACCUUGCUGUGUGCCUGCGUCUACCUGGGAUACUACCUCCGCCUGGCCUCCGUCACGGAUGAGUUUGGCUGCACGUUGCGUGUCGGCCUGCUUGCCUCCGACCCAGACGUCCCCGACAAGGUGCAGUGUAAGCUCAUCGCCGUGGGAGUCUUCUCUCUGCUGAGCAUGGUCAACCUGAUCCUGUUCAUUGCACUGAUUCCUGUGGUGAUCUACGCCAGUCUCCGUCCCCUCUUCUGUCAUGGAUACGUCCACUUUCUGGAAGCCUACCAAUCACUGCCCACUGUGGGCGUCCUGCCGACCCCUGACGGCCAGUGGGAUGAUCUGUCUCUGUACCUGCUGUUCCUGGAGGAGAACAUCAGCGAACUGAAGUCCUAUAAAUACAUCAAGGUGUUGGAGUUGUUGAAGAGACGAGGUGAAUGCACAGAAGAAAACUUUGAUGCCAUGGGUCUGCUGCAGACUCUCUGUCUGGUGAAGAUGGACAAUGUGGAUGGAAACAAACAGGAUCAAGUGAAGACGAAUGCAGCCGACUCUGACAGCAGCCCAGCAGGAGCAGCGACCAACAGCUGCAACCAUCCGAACUCGACCGUAGACGUCAAGACAGAAACAGAGAUGAAAGAGCUCACACCUUUGCUGCCAGGAAACAGUGAUACAACAAGCAUCAAAAGCAGUGAGGACAGGACUGUCCGGCAGAGAGCGCUGUGAUUGGCUCCUGACACGGCGAUGUUGACGAGGACAUCAGGGACACCUGGGAGAAAUACUUCACCUCUCUUCCACGGUGCACCGACAACUCAUGGCCUCUUUCUUCUCAUCGAUGUGGGAUUUACAAAUCAGAUAUUUUCAGUCACUGCCUUUAGAUUAGCUCCUUGGUUGGACUGUUGAGCACUGCAGAAAGUAAAAACAAAGUGAGCGUUGGGUGAUGAAAGAGUAAAAAAACUCAUGUUGGUACAGAUUUCAGGACUCAUUGAUGCUGCUGAGCAAUUAAGGACUAAUCCAAAUGUAUUUCUGAGUUGAUGGUUGAAACACUGCCGUCUCCUGCCCUGAUCAGUGCAGAAGAAGUAACUAUUCUGCCCUACGAACACUGGAGAUCAUGUCAUCACGCUGACUGUACCUAUGACAGGCCGGCUUUUUAAACACCAAAAGAAGAAACAUUCUUGAAAUCAAAUCAGCAGGUCUGGAUGUGGUACAAAUACACGUUUGUACAGUUCUGGGGUGAGUUAACGACUCACAACCAAUGUGUUUAACUAUCUGUUAGCAUGCAGUACAUGUUGUUGUUGCAGUACAAGAGAACACUUGCUGCCUGAUCAGGAGGAUAUUUAGAGGUCCAACUCUUGUUUAGAAGGCGUCAUAAAAACUGACAUCUUUUUAUAACAAUUUCAACUUUAAAUUCAAGGUGUGUUUGUUGUAUUUGAGUAUGAAAUUGUCAAACUUGCAGUUGUGGUUUUCAUCGAAUGGAGAGGUUGAUGUAUUUAUUUGCACUGCUGUUUUGGGAGAAUGUUUAUUUUUAUUUCAAUCUCAUUUCAAGACACUGACUACGUUUACAUGUUCUAUAAUAUCCCGCUAUUGUUCCAUGUAUGUCAAUGUUCUGGAUUUGAAUUUGGUCACACAGCAUAUUCUGUUUGGAUAUUCUGAGUCGAGGCUCAUUUCUGCUCAACAUUAAGUUCGAACUGUUCGUUCACUUCAUCUGUUCUUCAGCGCGUUUUUUGAAAUUUACGGAUGCAGACGAACGGAGCAGAAGCUAACGAGCAAGAAACUGAACAUUUGUGCAUGUAAACACAGUCAGUGUCAAGGUUUUAAAGGUGAAUGCCACUCAAAGAGGAAUUCAUGCAUCAUUAUUCUGUUCUGUUUGGUUUAGAAGUGAUCCGACAAGGCAGCUAAUGAUGAACCUAUAACACGCUUUACUGGUCUGUAAAAUGAAAUCCUUAAUUGUUUGUUUGGUCGCCCGUAAGAACCGGAUGUGUCUCAUUUAUGUGGACUGGUUAGUUCUCUUUAGUGUAGAUCUCUUAAUUUACAGGUUUGACAAGUCAAACUACAGCAGGAAGCUUCGUUUAUCUCUUUAACUCAAACGGUACGACAUGUUCACUGCCUUACAUUUAAUAAAUGCAUCAUUUCUCCAAAAGACAAAUCUCGGGCUAUAACUCAAGUCCAGCUUGGAGCUCGAGGUUUAAUCAUUUUGUCAGAGUUAUUAUAAAGUUUUACAGUCUGGAGUUAAACUUGCGUGUUUGGGAAUCUCAGGGAUAAAACCAUCUCAGAACAUCACAGGCGAUUGUCAAUGUUUACACCAGACUUCUUGUGUUUUGAGCUCCAUCCACUGCCCGUAUAUAUGUGCUGCACUAAGUGGAACACUGACAUAAUGUUGUUGAAUAGCAGCAUUAAGAUCUCUUUACUGCGUGAGUUUAUGUUUCAUGAACUUUUCUGCUUCUCUGUUCAUAUGAUGUGGUUUAAAGUUACUGGAGUUCCAUGUCUGUGCAAUGGGACACUUUAUUAUUGUAAAAUCUGAGAAAGAAACUGAAAGUUUUCUGUCUUGUGUUUCUGAAUUUCUGAACUGACAUUUUGAUGUUUCAAACUGCUGUUGGUGACGUUUUGCGUACGAUGAUGCUGCAUGUUAAUUUGUACAUUUUUUAAGAUCGUCUGAAAAAUAAAUGCAGUAAACAUUACUGUA